CGGGUUCACAACUUCCAGAACUUUAGCUCGGAUUAUUUUAAGGGAGAAAAACAAACCAAAAUGAGAGACAUCAAGUGGCACACGAUCGCCGCCAUGCUGAGCAUGUUCGGCUUCCUGAAGGACUUCCGGCCGAGUGAUCCUUUCAUAGUGCAAUUCCUGAACAGUUCCUGGCACAACCUAACCAAGGAGCAAAUCACCCAGGAUCUGUUCCCCGUUGGGACGUACUCGUACGGAACGCAGCUGGUGUUGACCUUUCUCAUCACCGACUACUUCCGGUACAAGCCGUUGAUCAUUUUGGCCGGAAUCGCCGGCAUUCUGCACUGGGGACUGUUCAUUUGGGGACCGUCGAUCUUUUGGCUGCAGGUGGCGCAGGUGUUGUACGGGACGUUCAAGGCAGCGGACGUGGCCUUUUGGUCGUACAUUUACGCGCGGGUGGAAAAGUGUCGCUACCAGAAGAUUACGUCCUACACGAAGUCGGCAUCGUUGCUGGGCAAGUUCGGAGCGGCCGUUGGGUCGCAGAUAUUGCUGGCGUACGGGGUGGUGGACUAUCGGGAUCUGUUUCUGAUAUCGUUUGCAGUCCAAUGUUGCACCACGACGAUCGCCAUUUUCCUGCCAUCGGCGCCCAAGAGCGUCUACUUCAACCGGGCACCCCCGGAAAAAUCCGACUCCCCCGACCAAUCAACGGACUCCCCGGAGAAGCCCCCCCGUACAUCCGUGUCCUCCGAGGGCACCGAGUCCCCGACGGAUCCCCCCGUGGAGCACCUUGGCCCGCUCCAGCUGCUCUGGUUCCACGUGCGGGCCGCGUACAGCAACUUCACCGUCCUACGGUACAGCAUUUGGUCGGCGCUGGCCAGCUGCAUCUACUACCAGACGAUGCAGUACGUGCAGGUGCUGUGGAGUACGGUGGCCGGAGUUCGCACCCGGGACUUGCAGUACAACGGGGCCGUUGAGGCGGUGCUGACCAUGUGUGGAGCGUUGAUUACCUUCAGUGCCGGGUUCGUGCCUUCGCGAGCGUUGAAGGUUCCCAAUUCCUUGGUGGGUCUCGGUUGGAUUACGCUGCUCCAGGGUGGAAUCCUGCUCGGAGCGGCCUUGGGACACAAUCUGUGGAUCUGCUACGGGGCCCACAUUGGGUACAGCGUGCUGCAUUUGUUUGUCAUGACGCUUUUGAGUGCGGAAAUCGCCAAGAACAUCUGCCGGGAUAGUUUCGGGUUGGUUUUCGGAAUCAACGCCGCCGUAGGUUCGAUUCUGCAAAUAAUCUUCACCCUUAUCCUGGUGGACGGGGCCAAACUGUUCCAUCGGGACAUUAUCGGCCAGUUCAUGGUGUACAGUGGCGUUCUGGGGGUGCUGGGAGUGCUGUUUUGUGUGUUUGCGAUUGUGGAGUUGAGGGGUGUGUGGAGGCGGUUGUUUUCCACGUUUUUGUGGAAAAUUUCCGGUAAGGAAAAGUCGAAACUCAAUGGGACCGUUUGUAGCGUGCCCGGUGUUUGAAUCUCGCGUGACCAGUGUAGAUAGGUUAGUGUUCUGCUUUUAGUUGUUAAGUAGGUAAUGUAAAUAUUUUUAUUGAGGAAAACAGUAUU